CCAAGUAUUUUGAUUGCAAAAAUUUCUCACCCCACCACUACUGAAGAUUUUGGAAUUCUUUAAGCUUAUUUCAGAUUUCAGACUUGCUGUUCUAUAAGCAUCAUUUAGAGAGAGAGAACAAAAAAGGCAAGUGAGGUUUCCUCCAGUUUCUAGCCCAGGAGGUUUUUAGUUUGGCUUGGUGCUAAACCACUCAUCUGCAGUAAAUGAUUUUUCCAAGUUGGCCACACCUGAUGCUGCUUCAAAUAGGGACGAGGAGCUUGUGAGGCUAUAAAGAAUGUUUCUGAGCAAGUACAGGGUGCCUGUCCCUCAUUUACAGCUAAAGCCUGCUUUCAUGCAUAUGAGUGUAAGGGAGAGUAUAAAGUUGUCAAAUGCACUUAAGCUGUGACAGACUUCCAUUUGAAAACAAUUCAUUUGGAAUGGGGACCAAGAAAACACUAGUUAUCUGCUGCAUCCCCAAACACUGAGGCACUCAGUGCUCCCUUCCUGCCUCUUCUGUCCUCCUAGCUAUGCUCUCUGCUUCCAGUUUCUUAACUUUAGGUGAACAAAGACCUCUCCAACGGAGAUGGAGCUGGGCUCCUGGAGGCCUAUGGCAGCGAGAGGCUGCUGCAGCCCAGCACAGCAGAGGUACUGGUUUUGUCCCCGAAGGAGGCAGACUUGAAUUCUACGUCCUCUGGUCUCUGAAUGAUCCACCUCGGCAACUCAGUAGCCAAAGACACCGGAAAUGUUAUCAAACUCGGUUGCCACUUCCAUUGCCAAAACAAUUAGUGAUCUUUGGUUUAGGUGACUGGAACCACUAUUCUCAGAAGACAAGUGUCACUGUGGAGAUUUUAGUGAAUCCAGACAUCAAACCACAAAGGAUUGGCAUACUAGGACCUGAAGCAAGGUGUUUGGUGUGGGAAGGUGACUGGAGGGUGGAUGUUCUUAUGGCUGCGUUUAAACAGGCAGACAGUGGCAAUCCCAUUAAGCUUCUCUUGACUAUUAAUGAACAGCUGCUCAACAGUACUCCCAGUCGCCCAUUUCAGGCACCAGAAUCCAGUCAGUCACCUGUUCUUCCAGAAGAUACUAUUCAGGGAUUGGAUGGACUCUGUGAGGUUACAAAUCAGGUUUCAGCAAAACCUUUUAAUGAAGUUGUGAUUGAAAAGAGGCUGUCUCCACCAGGAGAAAAGCUAGUAAUGCUAUCUGUCCCAGAAAUAUCUGCUGUUCAACUAGAAUGUGAGACCAGGAAGAAAACUUGUCUAUCCAAGCCAGUUCAGCUAUAUAAGACUAGGAGGGCUCUCUUUGAACUUUCUUCACCUGAAAGACAACAGGAACCUGAAGACUUGGAGGUAAAAGAAUUACAAGUAUGUCCAAGCCCUCGAUGGUGUCAUGCCAUGUGUCUGAGUGACCCUGAAACUGCAGUUCUGAUUGGCGGUGAAGGAACUAAUCAACAAUUUUCCAAAGAUGCUCUCUGGAAACUGGAAAUUGAUAACGACUUCUGGUUCCCCAUGGAUUUGCGGCAACAAGAUUCAAUGCCACAGUGUUCACGGGGUCAUAGUGCUACCUAUGACCCAGACACAAAGCGUAUCUACAUCUUUGGAGGUUUGAGGGAGGGGAAGAGCUAUAGCAGCAUCUAUAUCCUGGACACUGUAUCUUGGAAAUGGCUUCAUGUGUCUGCUAAGGGAAAAGUGCCGACAUUGGCCUACCACAGUGCAACCGUCUAUCACAAAGAGCUGUUUGUCUUUGGAGGAACUUUACCUAAAAUGUCAUCCUUGGAGACUGGAGCCAGCAGUAAUGCCCUCUUCAUUUUCAACCCUGAAUAUGAGAUUUGGUAUCAGCCCAUUGUUGAGGGGGAGAAGCCUCUGCCUAGGUUUGGUCAUUCAGCUACUCUGCUGAGGAACAAGCUGGUUAUAUUUGGGGGCCAGAGGAUGUCUACAUACCUGAAUGACAUACACAUUCUGGAUCUGGGUAAGAACAGGAUUUCUUUGACUUCUUCAGUGCUGACUGGAUUUGGUUGGAGUUGUAAUCUAUCUUGGUAGGCAACUAUAUUCUCAUGCCUGCUGGGGAUAUAAAGCAGCCCUGAGAUAGAAGCUGCUAGAAGAUAGGAAAAUGUGGAUCAGUGUAAGGAGAAUGCUGGGUAAAAUAAGCGAACAGUGACUUUGCAUCAUAACCUUUUGGAUAAGGGAAAGAAAAUGGAGAAUACAGGCAGUAUUACAGAAUUUAUUGCUAGACCAAAUAUAAUCUUUUGCCAUCUUUGCUUUAUAGUAAGCUGCUAUAGCUCCCUUCUAGAAGGGUAGCUGUGUAAGUAUGUUGCAUCAAAAACAAGAGUCAAAUUGUAGAAACUUAAAGAAGACACAGAAAUGAUUCCUCCAUCCAAUAUUUUGUAGAAGAUUGAAAAUUCUUUGCUUCGUGCUUGUCAAUUUGUAUUUUGGUAGAGCUCCUUACAGUUUACCUUUUUAGUUACCUGGGCUCCCAUGACUGUGGACAACAGUUUUAUCUAGUUCAAACAUCAGCAUUCCCCUUAAGAAUAUCUUGAGCUUUGGACUAUCAGGGAAUUCAUGAUACAGAGAAAAUAGGUAUGCAGUAGGGCUUACCUAUUACAUAAUACAUAGGCAUGCAAGUUUAACAGGCUUUCUUACAUAUUCCUUGGAGGUAUAUCUUAUAUGCAGCCCAGUGCAGUGUAGUAGUUUGAAUGUUGGACUAGGAGUCUGGGAGACAAGGGUGUGAGUCUCUGCCCGCCUUGGAAACCUACUAGGUAAUCUUAGGCAUGUCAUACUCUUCAGACUUAGAGGAAGGCAAUGGUUAAAUCUCUUCUGAUCAUGCCAGGAGAACCUUAUGAUAUAGUUGCCAUAAAUGAAAGGCAGUAGGAAAAGAGGGAGAUUGCAUUACAUGUAGAUAGACAUAAUUAAGUAAGUCACAGACCUGAAUCUGCAACACCUCAGAAGCGCUUAAAGUAAACAGUUUGGCUACCAGUCCUGAAAAACACCAAAAUCACGACCCAGCAAAUGCAAAUGAAAACCACCCAGGGUGAGCGGGGUUUCCCAGCAGACAAUGGACC